GCUGCCCCUAUAAACAACGCACAUUGCCCCUAAAAAUCUCCUCUUCUACUCAAUCUCUCUUUUCAGUUUCAAUUUUCAACCAUGAAAUGAACUAAGAACAAGAAGCACCAUUCAACCAAUCAACGCUUUCUGCCUCUCAUUUCCUUCCUGCAUUUUCAUUUACUCGGCCACUGAAACCUACUGAGAAGUAUCACGAUGGUUUCACAGGAAUUUACUGUGGAUCUGAACAAACCACUCGUGUUCCAGGUUGGCAAUCUUGGAGAAGCAUAUCAGGAGUGGGUUCACCAGCCUAUUGUCAGUAGGGAAGGGCCUAGAUUCUUCAAAAGUGACUUUUGGGAGUUCUUGACACGCACAGCAUGGUGGGUGAUUCCACUUGUAUGGCUGCCAGUGGUCUGCUGGUUCAUUUCCACGUCUGUCAAUAUGGGCCACACACUUCCUCAGAUAACUUUGAUGGUGAUAUUUGGCAUUUCUAUUUGGACAUUGUUUGAAUACACAGUGCAUCGAUUUCUAUUCCAUAUUAAAACCAAGAGUUAUUGGGGAAAUACCAUGCAUUAUCUUAUUCAUGGUUGCCACCACAAGCACCCAAUGGAUGGUCUGCGACUUGUUUUUCCUCCUGCUGCAACUGCCGUUCUAAUAGUUCCAUUAUGGAAUUUGGUUAAACUCUUUGCCCCACCAUCUAUAGCUCCUGCUCUGUUUGGAGGUGGUCUGUUGGGUUAUGUGAUGUAUGAUGUUACCCAUUACUACCUGCAUCAUGGUCAACCCACGGGCGAUGUGCCAAAACAUUUGAAGAAAUAUCAUAUGAAUCAUCACUUCCGCGUCCAGACUAAAGGCUUCGGCAUUACUUCAUCAUUUUGGGACAGGGCAUUUGGAACGCUUCCUGCAUCAAAAGUAGCUACUAUUGAGAAGACUAGAUAUACAAAGUAGCAAAGCUUUCAAGGCUGGGCAAGCCAUAUCUUGCCAGGAAAGAACGAAAGCUGAAGGAGAUUAGUUCUGUGCCCAAGUUUUUCUUUUUGGCAUAAAUCUGAGUCCGAACCGAAUAAGCUGAAAGGAUAGAGAUCAGAAGCUGGCGAUGGUUCUCAUGAAGGUGCAGGAGAUCACUUCAACAGAUGCCGUCGUCGUUUUCAGGUGACUCCUCCGCCCGGUGCUGCCAUGAAGCAGCUAUGAGUUUGAUACUACUGAGAUUUUGAAGUGAAAUCUUACGAACUUAUUGAACUCAGACACUCUUGUCUUUCAAAUUUUCAACUUAAGAAAUAAUUAAAGAGAAAACAUAUGGUAUGCUUUUUAGUCUUUCCAUGGUAUAAAAGGCUUUUAUUCAUAUA